GGAGAGGCCAUUAUAACCAAGCAUUUUCAUUGUUGACAUGAUGUGUUGUCCAUUAAUCUGAAGUUCCCUUUUUUUCCAACAGUUCAGCAUCUCUGGAGUAGUACAGCAAUCAGUAACCGACACUGCCACUGGUAUGGCGACUCCACCGACUGCUCCAGCACCAUCAGCUGGCCUUGAGGAGAAGCUAGAUGGCCACACUAAUCUACCAGUGACCCGCACCGAGCCCUCAGCUGCCUCCGACGUCCGUGUGCUUGUGCAGGAGGAGGGGCGCGCUGCCAGGAAUCUGCUCGUUUUCAAUGUCCUGGUGGACAACAAAAGCCCUGGUUCAGUGCUGCGCUCGGCCCGCCGUCAGCCGGCGGCCUCGCCGCGCGCCGGCCGGCCCGGACCCGGUACCCAGGAGGAGCGGCCGCCGACGCGCGCUGCCGCCGCCAGCGCCGCGCGCAAACGCGGCCGCGCGCGCUCCGUGUCGGCCGGACGGGGCUCUGCCAAGGACCUGCACGCGCGCUACUGGACGUUUCUGUUUGAGAACCUGCGCCGCGCCGUGGACGAGAUCUACCAGACGUGUGAGACUGACGACAGCGUGCUCGAGUGUAAGGAAACAAUAAUGAUCCUGGAGCGAUGCACUCAGGACUUCCGAAACCUGAUCGAGUGGCUGAAGAUCAAGUGGGAGUACGACCACACGCCGAAGCCGCAGCGUCCCGCUUCGGUGGCCUGGGAGAUCCGCAAAACGUCGCCCGGCAAGCAGCUGCCGAUGGCGCUGGUCGAGCGCCGGCUGGUCGGGGAGCUGAGCCGCAAACAGCUGGCGUUCGAGGAGCGUCACUCGCGGCCCGACUCGGUGUCGUCCGGCAGCGUACGCGCCGAGCCGGACGCCGCCGUCGGCCGCUACCUGGAGCAGGCGCUGCGAUCGGCCAUGGGCUCGCCGGAGACGCCGGCGGACACCGCGCGACCGCCCCCGCCCCCGGCCCCGCCCCCGGCCGAGUCGGAGGCGGAGCGGGUGGAAGACCGGCCCGCCCGCGGCUCGCCGCCGCCUGCACAGUCUCAGCCCCCGUCUCAGCCGGCGGCGGGGCCGGAGACGACUCAUGACGGCGCGCCGAAGCCGACCCGCGCGCGGACGGCGGCCCGGGCCCGGGGAGGGCGCGCCGCCGCCUCGGUGGGCGUCUCCAGCCGCACCGGGUCCGGGGUCUCACCCCGCGGCGGAGGGCGCGGGACGGCCACCCGCCCGGCCUCAGCAGCGGCCGGCGCUGCGGGCAGGGCGGAACAGAAGGCGCCCACCCGACCGGGACCGACUCAGCCGGCGGGCCGGGGCACUGCGGUCUCCUCUGCCGCGAGCGCCACCCGCCCGGAGCGGCCGGGGCUGGCCGCUCGGAGGGCGGCGCGCGGCGGAGCGUCCCGAGCCGCCGGUCCUCCGCCCGUGGUGCGAUGA